ACAUUUUCUCAUCUCUUAUCCUUCUCCCUCUAUCUCCAUAUAUAAAUAAAGCACAACCCUGAUCCCCUUCCUCGUCACCGCCACCAAAGCCACCGUCCUCUCUCCACUUCCCUCCAAUUCCCUUUUGGGUUUUGCAAUUCGGUUUAUUGGGUCUUCAAAUCUGUCACCUUUUCCUCCGUUGAACGCGAAACGAGAGAAAGGGGAGAAGGAGUAGAAAGAGAAGAGGGAUCGAUUUUGAUUUCGGAUUUUGGAGGUGUGUGGGGUUAAAACCCGGGGUUGUAGCUUUGUAGACAUCACGGCUAUUCAACGAGUUCGCCACUCGCUCUCACAUGCCCGUUGUGGCCGUCGCAAGGGUUGUGUGAGAGAGAGCAACCCUCCACACGGCGGGCGUGGCGCUCUCCCUUCCGAAGGUGGUAGCCCAUCUGACCUCCUCUUCCUCGCCGGCGGUGGUUCAGCCCUUGAUUGUUAGGAUUAUUUAGUAGGGAUAGACGUAAUAUAAGCAACGCCUUCAAAAGUUUUCGAUAAGGGGUUUCUUGUUUCAUUUUGUUGUUGUUCUUCUUUGUUAGUUGUUAGUUUAGGUGAGGUCAAGAAUGUUGAGCAUCAAGAGGGUUCCUACUGUAGUUUCCAAUUAUCAGAAGGAGGAGGGAGGUGAGGUUCUUGGCGGAGGAUGUGGUCGGAACUGCCUCAAAAGUUGUUGCAUUCAAGGUGCGAGGUUGCCUUUAUAUGCUUUGAAGAGGGUGGACAAGGUCGCUGAAAAGGAGUUGCCUUUGCUUGGAUGCAAGGAGCAUUGCUCUGUGGCGUUUCUAGACUCGCUUAUCCUUGGGGAGUGGGAAGAACGCAUGCAGAGAGGGCUUUUCCGUUAUGACGUCACAGCCUGUGAGACCAAGAUUAUUCCUGGAGAGUAUGGUUUCAUUGCUCAGCUUAAUGAGGGUCGCCACCUCAAGAAGAGACCAACUGAAUUCCGGGUCGAUAAAGUCCUCCAGCCCUUUGAUGAAACCAAGUUUAACUUCACUAAAGUUGGGCAAGAAGAGGUCCUGUUUCAGUUGGAGGCUAGCGACAAUGGAGAAGCUCAAUUCUCUCCAAAUGCUCCAAUUGAUGUUGAGAAUUCUCCUAGUUUUGUUGCCAUCAAUGUGAGUCCUAUUGAAUAUGGGCAUGUGCUGCUGAUUCCCCGGAUUUUUGAGUGUCUACCUCAAAGGAUUGACCAUGCAAGCUUCUUUCUUGCGCUUCAAAUGACAGUUGAAGCUGGGAAUCCAUAUUUUAGGUUGGGUUACAAUAGCUUGGGUGCAUUUGCAACCAUUAACCAUCUUCACUUUCAGGCGUAUUACUUGGCUAUGCCUUUUCCCAUUGAGAAGGCCCCUACCAAGAAAAUUACCAAAUUAAGUGAUGGAGUGAAAGUAUCUAAACUGUUAAACUAUCCAGUCAGGGGCCUUGUUUUCGAGGGUGGUCAUACACUAGAGAGUUUAGCAAAUGCUGUUUCAGAAGCCUGCAUCUGCCUUCAACACAACAACGUACCCUACAAUGUACUUAUUUCAGACUGUGGAAGGAAAAUCUUUCUCUUGCCACAGUGCUAUGCAGAGAAACAAGCUCUUGGAGAAGUGAGUGCUGAGCUUCUGGAGACCCAGGUGAAUCCUGCUGUAUGGGAAAUUAGUGGGCACAUGGUGUUGAAGAGGAAGAAGGACUACGAUGAGGCAUCUGAAGCCAAUGCCUGGAGGCUUCUUGCCGAGGUCUCUCUCUCUGAAGAGAGAUACGAGGAAGUCACUGCUCUUGUUUUUCAGGCCAUUGCAUCUGUUGACUUGAGUGUCAAGCCUCAAUGUGCUGAGGAAGUUGAUUCUGUUAGCUCAGGCACCCAGCCUGCCAUGGUGGCUGGUUCACAGCAAUGCCUUGUUCUCCAGUAACAUGGCUCUGAUGGAAGUGAUUAUGCUGUAGCACCCUUGUUCUCCAAUAAGCUGCUAUAUUACGGUUCAGUUCACUUAUGUGUAGCACCCUUCUACUAUGUGGUGACAGCAGUUACUUGAGUUUGAAUUGUUAUGUGCAUGUUUUAUGGACCUGAAAAAUUAUGAUUUUAUUAGUGUAUGAACUUGCAGUAUGGUGCUUGAUUGAUUGUCCUUCGUAGUCUGUGUAAGAAAAAUACAAUGUGACCAUUUUCAGUGGUUAGUGUUUGUGGUUGAAUAAUGUGACAUACUUUAUGGUUUUAUAUUAACUUGAACAUCCUUUAUCCA